AUGCAUUUGUGGCAGGCCACUUCUAUCUGUCUGCUAGCUGCUGCAGCAGCUCCUGCUGCCGCUGCUGAUUGGGGGUUUGCUGAUGCCACCGUGGCAGUCCAGCCUAAGGGCGCUGGUGUUAACGGCGGAUUCAAAGAACAGCUCUCCAAAUCCACCCCCCUCUCCAAACCCGUCUCGCUCGCCGGUGCGGAUACAUUGCGCGUCACCUUGACGACUCAAGAAGGUAGCUCCGCAAAGCGACCACACCAAGCUUUCCUUCUCUUGAAGGAUACUCAGAGUGGGCUGGAUGUCUCGUACCCUUUUACUGUGAAGGAAAAUGGCAAAUCGCGCGUUGAAUUGACCCAGAAGGACCUGCCUAUCCAAUUCCUCUCCCUUGCCGAACCAGUCGAUGCACGGGUGGUUCUUGGCUCUUUCGGAAGCUCUACUCCUUAUGACAACUCCGUGUUCUCGCUCUCGAUUGAACGUAACCCCGAUGUGCCUGUCCCCACUGUGGAGGUGGCGCGAUAUGGCAAGCAACCUCAGAUCCACCACAUCUUUAAGGGCUCUCCUACCAGCCCUCCGGUGGCUAUUACUCUAGCUUUUGUCGGACUUGUCCUUGCUGCUCUUCCUCUUCUUGGUGGCUUUUGGCUUCUCCUCGGUGCCAACGUGAAACACCUCCCCGCGGCCCUCCAGUCGGCCCCUCUCCCUCAUGCCUUCUUCCUUGGGUCUUUGGUAGCCUUCGAGGGCCUCUUCUUUCUAUAUUACACAUCCUGGAACCUGUUCCAGACUCUCCCUGCCGCAGCUGCCAUCGGCGCGGUCGCGUUCGUGAGCGGCAGUCGCGCCCUUGGCGAGGUACAGGGCCGUCGGCUGGCCGGUCUUCGGUGA